UAUUUUUUGUGUGAAAUGGCCGAUCGAUUAAAUGUCUUAUUGGUGUUAAUGCUUUUAUUCGACCAUGUUUUUUUCUAUCCUUAUAUUGUCGGAGUGUCAGUGAUGGAGGGAGAUUCAGUCACCCUGAACACUGAUGCUGAAACAAAGCAACAAGAAGAUAUUAAAUGGUAUUUUAAUGACAUUCGAAUAGCUGAAAUCAGUGGAGAUCUCAGUGAUAUCUGUACAGAUGUUCAGUGUGAAGAUGGAGAUGAGAGAUUCAGAAACAGACUGAAGCUGGAUAAUCAGACUGGAUCUCUGACCAUCACGAACAUUACAAACACACUCUCUGGACUCUAUGAACUGAAGCUCAUCAGCAGCAGCAGCAUCAGUGAAAAGAUCUUCAAUGUUACUGUGUAUGGUGUUCCUGCUACAGAACAGGAUCACAAGUCAGUGAAGGAGGGAGAAUCUGUUACUUUAGAUCCUGGAGUAAGAAAACCAAGUGAUGUGAUGACGUGGUAUUAUAAUGACAUUCUCAUUGCUGAAAUCAGUAGAUAUCAGAGUAAGAUCUGUGAAGAUGAACAGUGUAAAGAGAGAUUCAGAGACAGACUGAAGCUGGAUCAUCAGACUGGAUCUCUGACCAUCACACACACCACAAAAGCAGACUCUGGACUCUAUAAACUGAAUAUCAUCAGCGGCCUUCGUCGUAUCAACAGCGGUGUCAGUGUGAAGCGCUUCGGUGUCACUGUCACGGGUCUAGAUUCAGGUCUGUCUUCAGGAGCUGUCGCAGGAAUAGUUGUUGCUGUUCUGUUGGUUUUUGCAGUUGUUGUUGCUGGUGUGAUUUACUACCGCAAGCAGAAAGCAGGACAAUAUGAGGGCGGAACGCGACAGAAUGAAGCUGGUGGCGGUGAGAUGCAUAGGACAUACGUUUAAACACUACUGAUGGGACGUCCUAUAAUCAGACGGAGGCUGCCAGUGAGAUACCAAUAUUGUAUAUAACCAUUUAUUACACUGUAAAAAGGACAGUGAAGAGGCUAUAGAAAAUGAGAGAGAACUUUUUUGAGCAGUGUUUUUUCUUUCAUAUCUGUAAGUCUAAAUAGGUCACAUAUCCUGCUGGAAAACCCUCACAAAUGUACACAAAUAUGUGUUUUUUUUCUUCAAGACCACGCUGAGUCAAGCAGCAGGUUCUGAUUGCAGGUUGGAUUGAGUCUGAACUACUGAGACUUUAGAUGUUGUUACUGGUAUAGUUGCUGUUACUAGAAAAAAACUGAUUUUGUUAUGAUAGUUUGUGAAACACUUUACUGAGAUAUAUUUAAUGCUGUGCAUUUAUGAUAUGGCAGUUGUACUGCUUAAAGCAGGUAGAAGAAUUACUACUCCGCGCUGUUUGUCUCUUUAGACUUGCCGUAGUUCUCAAUGUUUACAACCCUGAAACACAGAUGCAGAAGAUCCAAACUGCAACAAUAAUCAUCAGAGAUCCAGCAGAGAUCAACACUAUUAGAGACCUUAAGACUGGAGGACCUGAAGGAGACAUUAAUGUAAGUGAGUGCGUCAGUGUGAUCUACACCAGAAGACAGAGAUCAGAUGCAGCAGAUCACGACUAUAACCACAAUCAUCAGAGAUCCAGCAGCAGAAGCAGAGAUCAACACUAUCAGAGACACUGACACUGGAGGACCUGAAGGAGAGGAAAAGUGAAUGUGUCAUUGUGUGAUCUAUAUCAAAAUCAGAGAUCAGGUCAGUAAAUUAAUGCUGUACCUUCACAUGUGUGACAGAGUGUGUUGAUGUCCAGAUGUGUGGUCCGAUUGAUGAAUGAAUACGCCACCACACAGCUGUAGGUGUUUUUAUCCUGAUAUUCCACCUCCAGAGGUAGAGAGAGACUGAUGCUGAGAUCACACACACUGAUGCUGGACAAUACACUCAUUCCUGCGUACCAGGACAGAGUCGCAUCACACACACUCAACACUGAUGAUGAACACACCACUGAACAAUUUGAAGAACAGUGUGAAGAGUUUCUGAUGAUGACAGGAACAGGCAGACGAGCUGAGAAACAUGAGAGAAUAAAGGAGAAAUGUGAGUAAAUCUAAACAUCAAUCUGGUGUAGUGUGUUACCGGUCAGUGAGUUUUUCCAUCAUCUCAAAAUAAUGAGCUCACAUUUCAUUAUGUUAAUAAUUAAAGGAAUAUUCAGUUCAGAGUCGACAGCACGCAUGAAGUUGAUACCACAAAAAAUAAUGAUGACUCGCCCCUUGAUUUCUUUAUUUUUUUCUUCUUUUUAAAAAAAAAAAAAAAAAAAGAGUAGAAAUGUAGGUUAUAGUGAACGUCUGGAUGUCAAUGGGGUCAAUCUUUAAACACUAAAACACUUAAAUUCUUAACUUUGUUGCUUUACAACACAACAAUAAACCCUAAAACGCCUGGAAAUGUUAAGAUUUAAACCGCUUUAAAGCUCAAAUAAUACUAUUUUGACAGUAGAAUUAAUCAAUGUGUUUUUAUGAAAUUAUAAGCUAAAUAUUGCCUUGUUAACUUCAAUUGUAAGCGACUCGCCGUAACCUCUAUUUUUAAUUUAAUUUCUUUAUUUUAAUUUCUUGACGAGUCAAAUAAUUUUUGUGGUACUCAAACUUAUGCCACAAAUGCUGAUUCUGCUUAAUUUCUAAACCAAAGAUUAUUUCCAUAAAACAAGAAUAUGUGAACAAUGUUUGAACAAAUUAUCUCUUCUCACCAUAGACUGAAACGUUGAAUGUUUUUGAUGUCAGAUUCACUCCAUUUAUCUCUAGUGUAUAAACUCCAGUGUGUUCAGUUGUGGUGUGUGUGAUGGUCAGAGAUCCAGUUUGAUUGUCCAGCUUCAGUCUGUCUCUGAAUCUCCCAUCAGGAACAUCAUCAUAUGUGUAAAAGAAUCCAUAUUUUUUAAGGAUUUCAGCUAUAAUGUACUUUUCAGCUCUAUAUUUCCACAGUAUGUUUUCUUUAUAUAUUUCAGUAAGAUCAGUGUGUAGAGUAACAGAGUCUCCCUCCAUCACGGACACCGACUGUAUUUUAUUUGUUUCGGCAGCAAACACACCUGGAGAAAAACAUGAACAUGAUUAAUUAAUGCUGUUGGUUUAGAAAGCCUGAGAUCAGUUUGUAAACUUUAAAAGCA